UUAUUAUCAAGAAAAAGUGGAGAUGACUUUGCAUGAUUACAUUCUGUGGACAGAGCGAGACCAAACAACUGUUCCUCCUGUAGAUUUAUCCAUUCCCUCAACACAGAGGUCCUGAUCCACACAAACUGAACAGAAUGACUGCAAUAGACAGGGCAUAUUUGCCUUUUCUAAUGCUGGGACUUCUCCACCAGAUUCAGGGCUCUCUGGUAAAAAACAAUCUUGGUCUUAAGGUAAAGAGGGGGCAGUCAGUCUUUCUGCAGGAGGGGGACUUGCAGUUUUAUAUACCCAGAGACAAGGAUGCCUGCAAGCUGGAAGUUGUGCUGAACGAGCCCAUUACACAGCGGGUCGGCACACUGUCCCCACAGGUUUUUGACUGUCACUUUUUGGCUGAUGAAGUGAAAUACACUCAUAAUGGAUGUCCGAUUUUAAAAGAGGAUACUGUUAAACUUCGUCUGUACAGAUUUACAGAGACAGAGACAUACAGUGAGCUGUUCUCUCUCAGUGUUGAAAUCAUGGACCCUGACUGUAAUGUGAUUAGGUUUGGAUCACAGAGUCUUGAGGUGCCAGAGUUUUAUGGCCUCUCCAAUAUCCUAGACGGUAAUGUUGUGUCCUUCCACUAUGAACACCGACACAAUAUUGAGUGCACAGUUCAGAUGACAACUUUGGAGACACAUCUACCUGUUCACGGUCAACUAGUCACCGGGGAACCGGACAAACCAGAGGGACCGAGAGGAGAUGAACCAGAUAGCUUUGUUCCUCUUCGAAGACAGCUGGAUAAUAAAGCUCGAGCUCAUUGUAAAAGUGACGACUGUCUAAAGGGUCUUAAACUGCUGAAGAUCAUCAAAGUACCAUGCAAUGAUUUCCUCAUGAUGGGUAUCCGCUACCACCACAUCGAUCCUCCAUCUCCAGACAUAGAUUACAUCGCAAUUAGACUGGAUCUCAUAGACACUCGUAGCAGAAGCAUAAUUCAGUCAGAGCAGGCCUGGAUCCCGGUAACCAUUAAAGACGCGAUGCCCAACCAGCCGCCCAAGCCUGCUUUUAUGUCCAUGUUCAUCUUAGAGGUGGACCAGUUCAUUCUGACUCCUCUCUCCACGGCAACUCUGGAUGCGGAGGAUGAUGAGACGCCCAAACAGAGGCUGGUGUUCAACAUUACUAACCCCCCUAAUGAGGGCUUCAUUACUCAUCUGUCUGAUCACACCAAACCCAUCUCCUCCUUCUCCUGGAUGGAUCUCAACGACAUGCUGAUCAGCUACCAGCCUCCAAACUCCAGUCACACGCAGCGGCGGAACUAUGAGGUGGAGUUUGAGGUGCAUGAUUUCUACUUUGAGAAAAGCCAGCCUGUGAUGGUGCAUGUGUCAAUCAGGACAGCUGAAACCAAUGCACCAAGAGUAUCAUGGAACAUGGGUCUCAGUCUGUUGGAAGGUCAAUCCCGUCCAAUCACAUGGGAUCAGCUGCAGAUUGUUGACAAUGACAACCUGAAGGCUGUGAGGAUCAUCACUGUGGAUGGCCUGCAGCACGGCAGACUAACUGUUAGAGGUGGAAAAGGUUUCAUGUUCACUGUGAAGGAUAUUAAGGAUGGUGCGGUACACUACCAUCAUGAUGACAGUGACACUACUAAAGAUUUUAUAGUUUUCCGGAUUACUGAUGGUUUACAUCAAACUAGACACAAGUUUCCCAUCAACGUCCUGCCCAAAGAUGACAGUCCACCCUUCCUCAUUACCAAUAUGGUGCUGGAGCUGUCUGAAGGUCAGACGGGUCUUUUGAGAGGAUCCAUUUUGCAAGCCUGUGAUAUGGACUCAAGUGAUGACUACAUCAUGUUCAACAUCACCAGACCUCCUCAGGCAGGGGAAAUCAUGAAGAUGCCUGGUCCUGAGAUAACAGGAUACCCUGUUACCCGUUUUCUUCAGAAGGACCUCUUCCAUUCCAUCAUCUACUAUCGGCACUCAGGCAGUGAGGUGUUUGAUGACUCUUUUGAGGUGGUGCUCUCUGAUUUUCAUGACCCUCCUAAUCUUUCAGAGCCUCAGGUCAUUGUGAUUCAAAUCCAGCCAGUCCCUGAUCAGCCUCCACAAGAGGCACCGGGUGUGACCAGGCACUUGGUUGUCAAUGAGACUGAUGUCACCUACUUGACCAAGCAGCAGCUGCACUUUGUUGACUUGGAGUCACCAGAUAGUGAGCUCACAUACACCGUAACCACCCCACCUUUCUACAGCACCACCUAUGGAGGGUCUGAUGCAGGAAGGUUGUUUCUGGUUGAUAGCAUCCCAAAAUUUAAAAAGGACCCAAAUGCCCCGAUGCUGAGACUUUUCACUCAGAAUGCAGUCAACUACAUGAAAGUAGCUUACAUGCCUCCCAUCCUGGACAUUGGACCCUACCCCCAGCACAUCCAGUUUAUCCUGUCGGUGACCAACCAGCAAGACAGCAUGACCGCUGGAAUCUGCUUCAACAUAACGAUUCUGCCAGUGGAUAACCUGGCACCAGAGGUACAUGUGAGACAGCUGACGGUGGAUGAGGGGGGAGAGAGCUGGGUGAGUGAAGAACACAUGCGUCUAAAGGACCAGGACUCGCUCGAGGAUUCUCUGCACGUGGAGCUGAAGACUAAACCUCAGCAUGGCAGUAUUUACCUGGAUGGCACAGCUAUGAGUCCAGGCCAGACUUUCACAGUCAGGGAUCUGAAAAGCCUAAAAGUUAGAUAUCGCCAUGACAGCUCUGAGACAGAACAUGAUGAUAUUAAAUUCAUUGCCACGGAUGGGAUAAAUAUUGCUGACUUUGUACUACAUGUCAAGGUGACGCCAGUCAAUGAUGAGGCGCCAAUGCUAGUGCCAGGUUUGAAACCCAUUUUAGCCUGUGCAGAGGGACAGGAAGUGGUCAUCACCAUUGAGUACAUCUGUGCCACAGAUCCUGACAGUGAUGAUAGCACAUUGAUGUAUAUGAUCGCCCGACAACCAUAUCAUGGGGUAGUUCAAAGAAAUGACAUCGUGGUGGACCGCUUCAUUCAAGCAGAUAUAACUGCUGGCUUAAUUUCCUAUAGACACACAGGACACGAGAUUGGGCUACAACCACGUCAUGACAUUGUCACGUUUGUGAUCUCUGAUGGAGAAUCAGGGCUACUUCCUUCCUGUUGCAGUGACAAAGCCACUAUAUUCAGUGCACAAACACCUGAAAUACAGAGUUCCCUGCCUGUCUAUGACCUUAAUAUCACCGUUUAUCCUGUGAACAACCAACCACCAUCUAUUGCUGUUGGAGAGGUGUUUGUGGUGAAUGAAGGAGGGUCAGCCUCUAUCACGGUGACCCAUCUGAGAGUUGAAGACCAAGACUCUGCUCCAGAAGACCUUAAGCUCAUCCUGGUUGCUCCUCCACAGUUUGGCUACAUAGAGAACAUCCUGCCCAGUCCAGGAUUUGAAAAGAGCAACAUGGGAAUCAGUAUCGCUUCUUUCACCUACAGGGAUGUGUUGAAUGGACACAUUAACUAUGUUCAGUCUAGACACCAGAGGAUGGAGCCGACCACUGACCAGAUCAUGCUGCAUGUGUCCGAUGGGAAACAGCAAUCCUCUUCAGUCCUGUUCUACAUCAUCAUCAGUCCGACCAAUGAUGAGAUUCCAGACUUCCUGGCCAGAAACAUCACGGUUCGGGAGGGAGACAUGAAAGAGUUGGACCCAUCUAUAAUCAGUGCGGUGGAUCUUGAUGUUCCCAGAGACCGUUUAAUGUUCAGCAUAGUCCAGCAGCCUCAGCACGGCUCCAUCAUGAGUGUCCCACACGGCAAUGAUGUGACGCAUUACAAGCGCGGAUCUGAGAUCCCUGUGGAGCACUUCACUAUGGAUGACCUCAGGAGUGGCAUGACUCUGAUGUACAUGCACGAUGACUCUGAGAGUGAGCAGGACGGAUUUAUUGUUCAGCUCUCUGACGGAAAACACCAGCUCCAGAAACACAUGCAGGUUAAAGUACUGCCUGUCAAUGAUGAGGAGCCACAAAUUAUACGGAACACUGGCCUUGAGAUGGAGGCUGGGGAGUCCAGACUGAUCUCCAGUGCUGUGCUUAGUGCUCACGACAAAGACACUUCUUCUUCUGACAUCGUCUAUGUUUUUGAGAGCAUACCGAGUCAUGGUGUCAUUCAGAUGAAGGUCGGCACAGACUGGGUGUCUGUAUCUGCAGGAAUGAACUGCUCUCAGCAGGUUUUGGAUAUGAACCUGUUACGGUACCUUCACACCAGUAAUCCUGGAGCACCCGCUGACGACUUCUUUGUCUUUCACCUGUUGGACGGCAAGAACCGCUCUCCUGCUCAGCACUUCCACAUUACAGUCAAAGAACUGGAGAAAGGAGACAUAGCAUUGUUCCUGAAGCCUGUGAGGUCUAGUCGAGGGGAGCGUGUGGUUCUCACCACAGACGUCUUGCUGGCGGUGGACGGCACUGACAAGCCGGAGGAGCUGCUCUAUGUCAUCACUGUACCUCCAGCACAUGGUCAUGUGGAGUACAUCAAACACACCGGCAUGCAAAUUCAGUCGUUCAGUCAGCUGGACGUAGCAGCAAACCUGGUGUGUUAUGUACAUGACAACAGAGCCACUUCACCUAAAGAGACCCUGCAGUUUGUGGUCAGCAAUGGCAUAUCAACUCGCAACGGGACCCUGGAGAUCUUAGUGGAAAUGACUGAUAAGGUUCUCCCCACACUAGUGCAUAACACUGGUCUACGGGUUCCCCAGGGGUCCACCAUAACUUUGACACCUGAUGCCUUAUUCCUGUCUGAUCCUGACAGCCCACACACUGCCUUGAGCUACAGGGUGGUACACCCUCCCCAGUAUGGCCAGUUGCUUUUGAAGGGACAGACACUGGUCGCUGCUAGCAGUUUUACCCAGCAGAACAUUCAGGAUCUGGCUGUUUCAUACAGACACUCUGGAGGAGCUUCUCAGAUCGAUCGCUUCAGAUUCACAGCCUCUGACAGCACAGAAAGAGGCUUCCUGCUGGACGGACACGUGCAAACUGAGCCGCUCUUCUUCACUCUGCAAAUUGAAGCUCUCGACAGCUCAGCUCCACAGAUAGCAGUGUUGGAAACCCUGUGGAAAGUGGAGCUCCUCAAAGAUGGUCGUUAUGGGAUCUUUAUAUCCUCCAGAGAGCUUAAGGCUCAGGAUAAGAACUCUGCAGAUGGUGAUCUGAUCUAUCACAUCCUCAGACCGCCUUACUUUGGAUACCUGGAAAAUUAUACCAAUGGUGAGUUUGUGAGGCAUCGUUUCUCUCAGAGGGAUCUGAACAGAAGGAAUAUCCUCUACAUCAUAAACUCUGCUCUAGACUCUUUAACUGACAGCCUGGAGUUUGCCGUGUCUGAUGCACUGGGCAAAUCUGGACUUUCUCACAAAUUGGAGUUUAGCUGGGCCAGUGUGGAGCUGACCAGGACUGAGUAUAUCAUAUGUGAGAGUCAGGGGUCAGUCUCACUAACCAUCCAGAGGAAGGGGAAUGUGCAGGACUCGUCUUAUGUGACUGUACAGGUGAAAGAACUAACAGCAUCUGCUGGAAAGGAUUUUAUACCGGCUUCAUCUUUGAUUCAGUUUGACCCAGGGAUGGUCAGUCGAGGAUGGAGAGUGGAGAUGGUUCAGGAUUCUUUAGAGGAAGGUGAUGAGAAAUUUGAGGUUACCUUGAUAUCUCCGGUGGGUGCAAUGCUGAAAGACAAAUCAAAAGCCACCAUCUUCAUAAAGGACACAAAUGGGCAGUGCAGAGAGACCCGAAUCAAAGCAGGAACUAGUAUUCAAGGCCGGGAGGUUGAGCCAGGUCCGUACCCUCAACACGGCUCCAUCCAGGUGGAGACAUUACCUUUCUCUCAGGGCUAUAUCAGAGGUGAUGGAGAUAUAACAGCUGAAGCUCCCUCCACUACAAAGAAAACACUCAGAGUCAUUGGGAAUGGAAAAGUGGUUCAGCCUUCGGAAAUUAUUCGUGAUGGAUCUGAUGUCAUUUACAAAUAUCACGGUAUGGUAUCGAUGGCGGUGGAGGACAACGCUGACUCCAGGACUGACAGAAAGGCACAGGUGCAGGUGACCAGCUGGGGGCAGCAUCACGCUCCUGCGCUCAGGACAAAACUACAGCAAACGGACAGAGUUCUGCAGCCUUCUGGGACUCGGCCUUCUUCUAAACCCUGUACUCCAGAGCUCAGUGGCUUCCUCCACUACAACGACAGCUCAGGUCAGAUGUUUCACUGUAAUGGAGUCUCCUGGAGGCCCUGGACACCUACUAAUGAGACUGUGAAAGCACAGAAAUGUCCUCGAGGAUGGACGUACCACAACGACUUCUGUUAUAUUCUGAGCACAGAGCGCAAAGCCACGUGGAGCACUGCGGUGCGGGCCUGCAGAGAAAGCUUCAAUGGAAACCUGGUCAGUGUUUUGUCAAAAGGAGACAUGGACUGGCUGUGGGACUUCAGUGAAAGAAAACCCUUUUGGAUUGGUCUGAAUGAUCGUGAAAGUAAAGGCCGCUGGGAGUGGGUGGGUGGAGAGCCGGUCACUUACACCAACUGGAGGCGGAGCCCUCCAAAAAACAGGAAGAAGGGAACCAGGAAGUGUGUCCUGGUCUGGAGGAAGACGAAAUGGCAGAUACGAGACUGCAAGAAAGGAAAGGGACACCGUUAUGUGUGUUAUGUUAAAAUGUAAG